GGCGUGGCUCUGCUGCCUCCGGAGAUCAAUGGACUGGAGGAUUAACUCUUCACAGAUAAUCUCCGUGUUUGGAAUCCGCGCGCUGCUCGACUUCUCUUUCGUCCGGAAAUCUCAACGCACGCGAUCUAUCAGGGUCAUAAUAGAGGGGUCGCGUCCGUCAUCGCCGCCAGGUGGCCAUACCGGCUGAGCCCGCCCAGGAGAUGUUCACGGUCCUGGGCGACGUAGUCAAAGGCGCUGACCACUUCUGCUCCAUAGCGUUCAAGAAUAUCGCCUACGCCAAGCCACCAGUCGGCGACCUCAGGUUCAAAAACCCGCAACCACACCUGUCACAACGCCGGCGCUCGGGCCGCCAGGGCGGUGAUCCGAAGUGCGCCCAGGUGGAGGUGCCGAGCGGGAAGAUGCAGACCAACGAGGACUGCCUGUACCUCAACGUGUACACGCCCGUCGGCGACCUGCUCGACAACCUCCCAGUCAUGGUGUACAUCCACGGCGGCGGCUACGUGUACGGCUCGGGGACCGACGCCGAGAACGGCCCGGACUUCUUGGUGCGGCACGGCGUCAUCCUGGUCACCCUCAACUACAGACUGGCCGCCUUCGGUUUCCUGAACCUGGACAACGACGACAUCCCGGGGAACAUGGGGCUGAAGGACCAGCAGGCGGCGCUCCGCUGGGUGCAGACCUACAUCAAGUUCUUCGGCGGCGACCCGAACAAGGUCACCAUCUUCGGCAACUCUGCGGGGUCCGCGUCGGUGCACUACCACACUAUCGCACCCUCGAGCCGAGGCCUGUUCCGAGCCGCCAUCAUGCAGAGCGGGAACGCGCUGGCCGGCUUCGCGUACACGGAGGCGCACCUCACCAUGGCGCAGCGGCUGAGCGAGCAGCUCGGCGCCAAGACCGCCGACGCCCGGCAGAUGGCGCGCGCCUUCCGCAACGCCAGCGCCCAGGACAUCCUCAGCGCCACCCUCCGCAUGAUACAGGCCGACCCAAAUCUGCAGCUUGGCAAUCCGGCGUUCUGCCCGAGCCCCGAGCGUCGACAGGAGGGCGGCCAGGAGAAGUUCCUGCCGCAGGACCCCGAGAGCCUGGAGCGGGGCCUCGAGCCCGGCGCGUACGUCCCGACCAUCGCGGGCCUCACGGGCCAGGAGGGCAACUUCGCCUUCUACUUCGGAGGUCUGAAGAAACAGCCCGCCACGGUGGCGGCCCUCGCCCAGAACCCGGCGCUCAUGCUAUCGCCCAACGUGGCGCCGUACCCCGACACGGCCCGGAUGCUGGGGUUGCCCGGCGCCAACGGCAACUACACCAUCACCGUCUCGCCGGAGCAGGCUGCCGCCUUCGGCGCGAGGAUCAAGGAGGAGUACGGCCUGGCGGGGGCCAACAACGGAGACUUCAUACCGCUCCUCGGCGACCUGUUCACUGCGUCUGCGACGCACCGGCUCGCCGAGCUGCGGCUGCGGAAGGGUGAGGGCGCCGCCCCGCUCCACCUGUACCACUUCCUGGAGGACGGCGACUACAACUGGGGCAAGGUGUCCUUCGGCAUCACGGAGAUGGGGGCGACACACACGGACGAGCUCGGCUACCUGCUGCACAUCACCUCCCCGCGCGACCUGAACCAGACGGCCCGCGGCGGGUCGCGCUCCUCCAAGGCGCUGCACCUCCUCACCACGCUGUGGACCGACUUCGCCAAGCACGCCACCGUGGAGCACCACGGCUGGCCCGCGGCCGAGGGCAGCGCGCAGGACGCGCGCUACGCCAUGAUCACGGAUCACAUCGCGGUGGGCAGCGGCCUCGGGGGCGAGCGGAUGCGCCUGUGGGAGGACGUGUACGCCGAGCUGCGCGCCGAGAAGGCGCCCAGGAGAUAGUCGCGGCGAGAGAGACUUUAUGCGUUUGACGUCAACAUCGAGCAUUUUUCAUCCGCGACGUUUUCUACAUUUUGUGCAACUGAAAAAUGCAUGCACUGUUGUUAAAUGCUUACGGCGAAUUUCACUGCAAGCUACAGCGACCUUGGAGCGGUGAAUGUCACUGUGAGCUGCGGUGAAUCAGGGUGCAUCACCCUUGAAAAUUGACCGUGAGCUACAGUGUCGCAGGGUUCGCUGUGAAAUGUGAUUUUCUGUGGACAUAAUUUUCUGCAAGUAUAAUUUUGAGCAGCUGUUCGGUGUUUGUUUCCUGUAAAUAAAGGGUUUUGGUCCAUAAAUAAAAUAAGCGUAAAAUUAUACUCGCAUAAAAUUGUGCAUUUAGCAGAAGACGUCAUGCGUAAGAGAUUAUAUCGUGCGCCCCUAUGGGAGGGGUGUGGUCGGGAGACGUGCCGUGCUCUCGAAUUUGGUGAUCUCAGUACAAAGAGCUUUCAUGUUACAUUUGAGUGCUUGGUGGCAUUUCCAAUAACACAGCUACUGGAACUAUUUCGUACCUGUCUUAUUAUUUUGUAUGUGCUUUUCUUAAUUGUCAAUGUAAUAAACAAUUAUGUUUAGUCUUUUGUAA